UCGCGGUUUUUUUUUUUUCCUGCCUUUUCUCCUGCUGACAAACGGAGCCGAGCCUCUGCUGGUUUCCAGAUGGAUUUAAUGAAAUGUUUUAAACUUGUGCUUUUCGUCCACGUCGCGCGCUGCAGCCCGGGACAGCUGGUGGACGUCGUCGUGGACCGCUACGACGUCCCGACUCUCUGUCCCCGCGAGGUGCAGACGGAGGACUUCAUCCGUUAUCACUUCAACGGCUCCUUCGAAGACGGAAAGAAGUUUGACUCCAGCUUUGAUCGAGGCAAAGCCUUGAUCAGUCAGGUGGGUCUGGGCAAACUCAUCACGGGGAUGGACCGGGGUCUGCAGGGCAUGUGUGUCAACGAGCGUAGGAAGAUCACCGUCCCACCACAUCUGGCCUAUGGAAGCAUAGGAACAGGUGGGGUGAUUCCCCCUGACGCCACGCUCGUGUACGACGUCCUCCUGCUGGACGUCUGGAACACGGAGGACAAGGUCCAGAUCCGUACGGUCAGCAAACCUGCGAGCUGCAGCCGAACCAGCGCAGCAUCAGAUUUUAUUCGUUAUCGCUAUAACGGCACGCUGCUGUCUGCAGAGACCUUUGAUUCCAGUUAUUCUAGAAAUUCAACCUACGACACGUACCUGGGGCAGGGCGACCUCAUCAAAGGGCUGGACGAGGGUCUCCUGGGCAUGUGUGUUGGGGAGAGACGGAUCAUCAUCGUCCCACCUUUUCUGGCGUAUGGAGAAAGCGGCCACGGAACCAAGGUGCCCCCUCAGGCCACGCUGGUGUUCGAGGUGCUGAUGGUCGACGUGUUUAACCCCAACGACGAUGUGACUGCGGAGGUGAAGGAGGUUCCUGAAGGCUGCGCGCGCCGGACGGUGGCCGGAGAUUACAUCCGCUACCACUACAACGGAACCUUCCAGGACGGCACGGCCUUCGACUCGAGCUACCAGCGAAACAGCACCUACAACACGUACGUGGGGAAGGGAUACGUGAUCCGAGGGAUGGACAAAGCUCUGCAGGGCCUUUGCAUGGGAGAGAGGAGGAGGAUCGUCGUUCCUCCUCACAUGGCGUACGGGGAGGAGGGAGUCGGAAACUUGAUUCCUGGCUCUGCUGUGCUGGUUUUUGACAUCCACGUCAUCGACUUCCACAACCCCAAAGAUCCCGUCGAGAUCAGAGUCGCCCACAAGCCUCACGACUGCAACGCCACCAGUGAAGCGGACGAUUUGAUUCACUAUCGUUACAACUGCUCCCUGAUGGACGGCACGCUGCUGUACUCCUCGGACCAGUACGGCUCGCCUUCCGUCACAACUCUGGGAGCCAGUAAGGUGAUUCUGGGUCUGGAGGAGGGUCUGAAGGGCAUGUGUGUGCAGGAGAGGAGAGAGGUGGUGGUUCCUCCUCACUGGGCUCAUGGUGAAAAUGGAGCUGCAGGAGUUCCCAGAAGUGCAGUUCUCCGUUUUGAACUGGAGCUGGUGGAGCUGCACAAAGGAGUUCCUCAAGGCUACAUGUUUGUGUGGAUGGGAGACGGUCCUGAUCCGCUCUUCGAUGCCCUGGACCUGAACCGGGACAAAGAGGUCCCACUAGAAGAGUUUUCAGAGUUCAUCAGACUGCAAGUUACAGAGGGCAAAGGUCGACUUCGGCCAGGGGUCGACGUCGACAGCGUUCUUAAAGACAUGUUUGAUCAUCAGGACCGCAAUAAAGACGGGAAAAUUACAGAGGACGAACUGAAGGAGGACGAAGAGUCUGAACAAGCGAGACGAGACGAGCUAUGAACAGAUGAACUGAACGUGUUGCCAUGGCAACCGGAACGCAAGUUUUAUAAAAAAAAAAACGUUUAUAAAGUUAAA